AAAUUCCCGCGGGAAAAAAUGAUUGACAUAUGCUAUGUCGGGCUCAGCGUGAAAUAUCACUCACUGUCCUAUUGGUCAACUGUCAUGACGUCACCGGUAGAAUUUUCGACCGGUGAAUUUCGCGCCAAGCAUGUAUGAAACGUCCUUUAAAAUGGCAUAACCAAAGAAAAAAAGAAAAGGACUUUUAGAAAGUCUAAGAGGUGACGAACCAAAGAGAAAGUGUUGUCCUAUGAAUCUGUAAAGUUUCCUCGCGCCACACACAAAUUCUAUCCGCCAUAGACUGACACUGACCGUUGUUUCAAUUAUUUUGAUUUGUAGAGUGCAAAAGUUUCUGAUCCUGUGAGGCUGUUUUCGCUUCUUUCUCUGGGCGAAAUAGGAAGACACAUGUAUGUAUCUAUACUUCGAUUGGCUCCCCCCACCCCACCACCACCACCACCACCACCACUCUAAGACGAGGACAACUACGAGAAAGAGAUUUUUGCAAUACGAAGUAAUGCGCGCGUGCAAACCAGCGCCACUUUGGCGGGAAAAUGUCCUCCUCGCUUAGUCGUCCUCUUCUUCGAAUCUAAAGCUCUCUAUUUACACAAGUUAUAUACAAAUAGAAGAAGAAAACAAUAGGCAACGAAUAAAAGUAAUCAUUAGGCUGAGAAGAGAUAAUGUACAUUUGUGCGCAGUGUCCAAAGUAGCAAGAGCUUUUCAGUUGGACACUGCCACAUUCAGAAAAAUUGCAGCAGAAAAGAAGGGAGAGAAAAAAAAAAACAAAUUAUAUCAGUGAUGGAGCAUGUAAAGUAGAAGUAAAAUUAAAUUUGAUUAAAAGAUAGUCGCAGUAAAAAGGGAAAGGAGGAAAAGCAUUAUCAAGUUAACUAGAACCAGCAAGCAAGGAUCUGGAAAGCGAAGAGCAAGCAAACAAAUAAACAAAAGCAAUGACUGAUGCAUAAGUUUGUUGGUCAACAUUUGAGUAUUGAAAACUGGGAUUUAAACUCGACUCUGUGUCUUGCAGCGACCUAAGUAGUCAUAAGGACCUGGCUGUCGCCAUUCUGGAGUGUUUCUCAUCUCCGUCUGAAGAAAUCAAAUCAGCGGCGUCCUUUGCAUUAGGUUGGUUUAGUAUUUCGCCGUUUUUUUAGCCCAACAUUUGGCAGUGCAGACUUUGAGACUUGACAAUAUCCCUGGGACAUAUCUUUGCAGCAUACCUGUGCGACAUAUACCUGCUUCUUGUCCCUGGCACAUUUCCCCGCAUAUUCCUGGGAUAUAUCCUUGAAUUAUACCCCUGGGACAACCAUAUCCCUGCCAAAUGGGACCCCACACAAGGAGACUUGACCAUAUAUCCCUGGGACAUGUCUUUCCCACAUAUUUGUGCGAUAUAUACCUGCUUCUUAUCGCAGGCACAUUUCCCUGCAUAUCCCUGGGACAUAUUCUUGCAUUAUACCCUUGGGAAAAUCAUAUCGCUGCUAAAUGGGAUCCCAUACAAUGACACUAAACCAUAUCCCUGGGAGAUAUCUUUGCUCCGCAUCUGUGAGACAUAUACCUGCUUCUCAUCCCUGGCACAUUUUCCCGCAUAUCCCUGGGACACAUUAUACCCCAGGGACAAUCAUAUCCCAGCCAAAUGGGAACACCAGCGUUUCCCACCUUUUAAAGUUUAAAAAAAAUGUUAGCAACGCCAGUGGAUUGCGCAUCACAAGGUUUGAAUUUUAUUGGUAGGCCUGUGAUGUGUUACCUUAACAGAAGUUUUUUUUUUCCUUACAGGCAAAAUUGCUGCCGGUAAUUUGAACUUGUAUUUACCGUUCUUGCUCAAAGAAAUUCAGGCAAAUCCCAAAAGACAAUAUCUACUCCUUCAUUCCCUCAAGGAGGUUUGUACUUCUUAAUUUUUUCAUUGUUCAGGGUGGUAGCCAUUGUGCAUAUUUAUAAAAGGGUUAACUUUGCUGUUGGCCAGAACCUCUUUAGAACCUCUAAUCUGAUAGGUUCUUGUUGGCCCGAAGCUCUAUUGUCUCAAAGUUGGGGUUCAAUGUUAGUUUUGUUUUCGUUAGGGCUAUCUAUUGUUUUCUAAACCAAUCCUGUGAGCUCUUCUUUAGAGCUUCCGGCCCACCCUAACUUUGGCCUUUUGGUCAAAAUUUGAAAUUCCUUCUAUUUUGUGUAUGGUCAAAAUCGACCCGUAGAUUAUGUUUGGCGAUGUUUUAGAAUGCACGCAAACUCUCCAAACAGAUAAUAAAGAUUUCAUGGGUGGAGCCGAGUCUCUCUUCCAGCCGUUUUUUGGCAACGUUGCAAGGGAGACUAGAUACUUUUAGAUGUUUUCCAAGUAGCUCACCUUCGAUUGGGUUCAAUUAUUUUUGGCUGUUCGAAGAGAUGGUUGAUUCAAUUAAGAAGCGGACAAGUGAAAAAUCAGCUUUGCACCGUGUCUCCCCACUGAGUGUGCUAGUACUACUGCAAUAAGUAGUUGAUCUUCUCUAAGGGUUGAUUUCCAGUGUCGCGUAAUUUUUACGUGCCACGUGCGUAAAAUUGACGUUCACAAAUGAAUUAAUAUAGAGGCAAUGUAUGAAAGGUCACACGUAGGUGUAAAAGUAGAACCUCGCUCAACUUCACGUUUAAUCUCAACACUUUAUAUCUUGCCUCUAUUUUUUUACGUGAUUAAAAUUUACGUGCGUUAACGUGCGUGUACCCAAAAACGCGUUAGUGGAAAUCAACCUUAAUGGAGUCGUUUGUUCCUGCAGGUUAUAUCAUGCGAGGCAGGCAGUUCAACCGGUGUGGAAGCCCUUAGGCCGUUUAUUGGCUCCAUAUGGUGAGUUACAACCACAAUGAUCUUACCCAACAGGAUGGUAAAGGAAAGAAGGCGGUAAACCUUGUGUGACAAGCGUGACGGUAAUUUUGUUCAAACAAACCUUUCCGUCAAACUUCGCCUUUCUCUAAACAGGUGUGUUUGUCAUAAGACCAGAAAACGUAACGUUAAGUGAUGAUCACGACAAAACACGCAAAUAAUAGCCCUGUCACGUUUGUCACACACGGGAGUUUUGCCGCCCGCUUCUUUCUGCCGUCCUGCUGUGUAAGCUCACUAAUAACGAUGGGGUUAGGGUCACGAAAGAAGAAAUGAGAAGAAACAGGAGUGUCCUACAAGAUGUGUUGUAAAUAAGUUGCUAUAUAGUGAACUCCCUCUAAGAUGGACAUCUUUGUGACCGGCACUAUGUGUCCUUCUUUAAUGAGAUGUCCAUCCUACAGAGAGUCGACUAAAAUGAGUAAAGAAAGCAAGUACCAACUCUAGCAGGACACGCACAGUCUUGAAAAGUCCUUGAAUUCCAUUUUUCCUUGAAAAGUCCUUAAAUUUCUGUGCAAGUCCUUGAAAAGUCCUUGAAUUUUCUUCAACUCUGAUUGUAGUAGCCUGGAAAAAAUUAUUUGAUGCUUUUUGGUUGUCCAAGACAGAAUAUAAAUCAAAGUUCAGAGAAUUUAAAGGUUAUUUACGAAUGUUCUUCAACCCUAUCACUUAAAGUCUUAUUAAAAAACAGUUCAACCGUUAAAGUCUUAUUAAAAUAGACUGCAUUUUUUUUCUACAAUCUGUGAAAUUAUAUUCCUAGCAGGUGGUCCUUGAAAAUCCAAUGUGGUCCUUGAAAAGUCCUUGAAAAAUGAUUGUAGUUUUUUGUAUGAACCCUGUCUAGGAGUCCGUUGACUGCCUACGUACCCCACCCCUAAGGCAACAUUGUGCCCUAGGUGAGAAGUAAGUGUUAAUGUUGGCCUAGGGGAGGGGUAGGUGGGCAGUUUCCCAGAAACGUGUAAUGAUCCGACUAUACUUUGUGUUUGUCUAGGACGUUGUUGUUCAGCCACUGCGAGAGCACGGAAGAAGGAACGAGGAAUGUUGUGUCUGAGUGUCUCGGUAAACUUACGCUGGUUGAUCCAGUUCGACUUCUUCCACAAUUAAAGGUACGGACGUGAACGAGUGACAUUCGGUAAGUGUAGGUUGUGUGCGCUCGCAAUCAUAAUGUCUGCGCGCUUUGUUUACUUUUUUAAUUGACGUGCGCAUUUAAUUCGUUGACGCUUUACGUUUUCUUUGUCUUAUUUUCCUACUAAUUUACACCUUGUCAGUAAAUGUGUUUGGAUUGUGGGUGGCUCCUCCUAAAAUGUUCUACAAUUGGAACAGAAACCAAUUGUGGGAUUGCGCACACUUUAGGCAUCCUACUGAUGAACAGUUACGACUUACAGAUAUUUCGAGCAACAACAAUUUGUCGCUGUAGAGAGGGUUAAACAAGAGUCAAUAUUUGAAGUGUGCACCGGGACAAAAAGAAGUGGCCCUUGUAGAGAGUUAGCCGUUAGUGGGGGUUCGACUCUACUAUAGCUAGUAGAGGCAUUCCCAGCUGACAGAUUAAAUCUUCGGCAGUGAAUAAGGACUCUUUUGUGCUUACUUUCUAUUUUCUUUCGCAGGAUUAUCUUAAUUCAGACUCGGCGUUCGCAAGGAGCACAGUGGUGACAGCCGUUAAAUUCACAAUCUCCGACCAUGUAAGGAAAUCCAUACCGUGACUACCAAACCGCCCCACCACCCCCUCCCACAUUAAAAAAUUUAACUUGUUAACCAUUUUCUAGUGAGAAAAUCUCGUACGCGUGGUCGUUAUUCUCGUCCUCGAAUCUAAAGGUCUCUAGUUAACAAUAGGCUGAUUUAGCAACAGAACGGGAACGUCAUUUGACGACGGGAAAGCGCGCGAAAACGACUAAACUCUACUUCCGGUGUCCAAUUCGUCGCUUUGCCAUUGGUCAAGCCAGUUGUUUGAUUUGCGCGCGCAGUCGUCAACAGACGUUCCCGUUUUGUUGCUAAAUCAGCCUAAUUAUUCCACUGGUGCGCGUUGGCUAUAAUCAUCUCAUAUCCAACAAACACGACUGUGAUAACUGUUUUAUUAAAAACGCACACAAAAUAACGAAACUCUUCCCUGCUUUAUCAGUCAAAACAACCGAGUUUCAGUUUGUGUUUAAUUUUGAACAGUCGCGUACAGUUUAGGGGGCAUUACGGUUGGUUUCUUGAGCAAAUGAUGUUGAUUUGAGAAUGAAAUGAAUUAGGGUAGAAAAGGUUUACACAUAAACCAGUUAGCCCACUAAUGGGAUCAGAGGCACUUUGUUGUGGUGGUGGACUAUCUGGUCAUUGUCUACUAAUUAUUCAUUUAAUAUUUUAAUUAAAACAUCUUCCCCCUAAAUUUUCUACAUUGAAAACAUUCGAAAGAUGAUCCAAAAACACACAAAUAAUUAUUGAAUUAAGGACUGUAACUUACUGCGCUUUUCACAAACAUGCGAAUUCUGAAGUUCAAAAGCUAACUGACGAUUGCGUUUUUCGCUGCCGUCAAUCAUCUUAACGGACCUCUUAGGAAACAAAACUUUACUUUGACGGGUUCAAAAGGUCAAUUUUUGUGAUUUGUGAUUGGUGGAUUUCGAUCCGUUUUGUGUGUUUCUGUGUUUCAAGGUUCGUUGCUUGUGAUCGUAAUUAUGAUUGACGGCAGCGAAAAACGCAAUUGUGAAGGCGGUUUUGAACUUUAGAGUUCGCAUGUUUGUGAAAAGCAUAGUAAUUGAGUCAUUUUUUGAAGGGUAAAAAUCAACGAAAAAUAAUGCUUUGAACCAUACUGCCCCCUUAACAUAUUUGGAGACCUAAGCCAAUCAGAGCUCUAGAAUUGUAUUAUCCAAUCUAUCUCUCUUAUCUCUUUCAGCCUCAGCCAAUAGACAGUCAGUUAAGAAGCUGCAUUGGAGAUUUCCUUAGAACUGUUCAGGACCCUGACUUGGUACGUCAGUUUAUCAUUUUGAUCUCGUGUUCUUCCUCGUUAAAGCAGCUGUGUCAAGCUACACUGUGGGGACCUUGAGUUAGUGUCGUUAUUAGCGAGAGUCCUUAAUAGUGGGAGUUUAUUUCAGUCAAACGUCUACAAUUUUUUCCCCAGGAUGUAGCUGCUUUCCUUAUUAUAAGGGUGUCGGUUAUAGCGGGGUGUGCGUAAGGCGAGAGUUGACUUUACAAUGUAUUUACAUGAACUGAACUCCAAAAAUAAGGGUCCAGUUUUGUUAUUCAAGACUAUAUUUUAGACAUUGAAACUGUUUCCUGUCGUCUGUUGUAAUAGAUGGCAAAGGCAAAAGUUGGGCCAAAAUAACGCUGGCUCACGCGUGCGCAUUACUCUGUAUUGAGGUGAUACUGUUCAUUUCUCUUACGGACGAGGGUUUAACUGACGUUAAGGUUAAAGCCACUAAAAAUUGAUCAGAUUAAAUCAAGUAAACCCUGCAUGAGAACGUGUGUUAAAAUUGAUGUCCAGACGUAGAAAGUUGGGCGAGACCCAUUCGAGUUUCUUCAAUCGACUUAAAGUUGUCUGGAUACCCGGUAAAACGGAGUUUCGAGUGUAGCUUCUCAAAUGGUUCCACGAAAGAAGACCUCACAAGAAUCGUGUUUUCUUUGGCCUGAUGAAACCUUCGGAUACACCGUUUUCGUGUAAGGGUGCGGGUAGAUUCCCUGUACAUGUAGCCGUAAAUAUGGGUAGUUUGCCUCUUGUCCCUGGGAAAUGACUCGGCUACUGACCAGAACGGUUACGUCUGCUAAAUUAUGUGUCUCCGGGUCUGAUUUUCCCAGACACCCGGAAGUCUGAGUUUUGAGGGUAUAAGUUUUCAAAACACUCGGGAUUUUCUAGGUGUGAGUUUUCACAACACCUGGAAAUCAUGAGUGCUCUUUAUACAACUACAGAACAAAGAUGCUCGCCGUCCCGAACCUGUAGCAGGAACCACAGACGUCCCAAACUCAAUAUUUGAACUUACGUUUGCUGUUUUUAGGUUUCCUGUGUCGUUUUGAAGCGUUUUGGGUUGGUUUUGUUAUCCUGUUUUAACCUUGAUAAUCACAAGUUUCGACCUGUCGCUCACAUAUUGAGUUUGGGACGCCUGUGCAGAAACGGUAUAACGUGAUGUGUGUACCGCAUGGCUGUCAUCAGAAGGCGGGGGCCGGGAAUUUCCCCCGGCUACUAAGAACGUUGCCCCGGCUACUUUCAUGGGGAAAUUGAAGAAAAAUAGAACCAAAAGAAAUUCGUAGCCGUUUGAUUCCCCGCUUACUUGUUGUAUUUACUCGGCAGCUUGAAAUCUUAGUGACAGUCCUGGUACCAUAUAAUUUUGAGAAUUAGAACUGGCGUUUAAUGUUUGUUCGUGUAUUUUGUCUUUUUAGAACGUCCGUCGUGUAGCACUCGUCACGUUCAACUCUGCGGCCCAUAACAAGCCUAGUCUCAUAAGAGAUUUGCUGGACCAAAUCCUUCCUCAGUUGUACAAUGAAACCAAGAUUAGGGUAAGCGACAAACAACGACUAAAAGGAAUAUUUCUAACAAUAAAGCCCAGUUUGCAAGUUUCUUUCUUUCUUUUCUUUUUUUUUUUAUGCUCUCAUUCAAAAAUUAUAAAAAAAAAUCAUCGACAGUUCAUGUUCUUUUUUUUCGUCGCUCGCAUUAAAAUUAAAAGUCUUGAAUAAAUCGACAUUACCGCAGGCUUUUUAAGAAUUGCUUUGUUUAUUAAGAUUGCCAAUUUAAUAACGUUUGAUUUGAUAUAGGGUUUAGGUAUCUGCACUUUAAGUAGACCAAGAGAAUUUGUUCUCUUGCGGUCGGAGAGUAAAGAUGCGUUUUUGUGUGUGUGUCAUUCCGACCCUAAUAUGGUAAUUUAUUCUAUGUAACGUGGCUUCCUAGACUUCUUAACUCUCUAAUUAUUUUAGGAAGCCAACACCCCUUUUUGUUUUAAUUUUUAUUUGAUGUAAAUUUCAUCUUUCUUGAGUGUUGUUAUUGUUGUUGAAAUGUCACGUCAUUAGUGUGUGACACGUGAGACACCCCUGAAGGUAUCCGAAGUAACUUGAACGACUUCUGGGUCAUUGAUGGAAAUCAUACGACGGCCAUGCUAAGCCACCGCAGAAUAAAAAGCUUUCUUGUUUUCACAAGUCUUAACCCGUUCUCAAGUUUUCACUGAAAGGCUAGACGCGCAGAAUGCUUUCAUGCGAAAUGAUGGUCGCAUGAUAAAAGUCCACGCAGUGCUGUACUCGAAGGAACCUUUGAGCAAACUUUGAUUAAUCAUUAGAGAGAUUAGUAGGGAGCUUAAGCAACAACGUUUUUGAGCGACGCACGUCAACCGGAAGUGGCCUUUUUUCAUUUUUUGACGGUGGUUUCGCGCAAAUUUUCAGUCAAAUCGCCUCUAUAACAGUAAAGAAGCUAAGGAAUACAAAUUUUAUAUCAUCAAGGCAUGUUAAGAGGGAAAAUACCUCACUUCCGGUUGACGUGCGUCGCUCAAAAACGUCGCUGCUUAAGCUCCCUAUUAGGGCGUCACGUUUACGGCGAACGACAAACGUGAAUUUGUACCACGUGACAAAGUUUUCCCUUUACUUGUCGUUUACUGUUCAUUAUAAAUGCACGAAAAUCGAGAAAUUCACGCCCGUUCUAUCCAUAAGAAUUAUUUGAAGCUGUUUUUAUCUGCUCAUUUCUCACUUUGAAAAUUUCUCAACUUGAAUCUCACGUCUGCCGUUUGCCUUAAAUGCGAUGCUUAGUCUCUCUAUUGUAUUAAGUGGAUACUAAAGGUCCUUCGAUUUUUGCUAGCCUCUUUUUAGGUUUAACACUUUAAGUCCCAAUAUACACAAACAAAUUCUCCAAACUGGUCUCCAUACAUUUCGUUUAGGAAUGAGUUGAGAGAAUUUGUUCAAAGAUCAAGGCAUUUUCUCUUUGGUAAUCAUUUUGUUGAUUCUCAUAACCGUAUCUCUUGACAAUGGACGGAUAUUGUCAGGAGAAAAUUGAUGUUGGUCACUAUUAAGACUUAAAGGGUUAAUUAUCAGUCGAUUUGUGCUUGCCUUUUUUUUUAGAAAGAGCUUAUUCGAGAAGUUGAGAUGGGUCCGUUCAAGCACACUGUAGACGACGGUUUGGACAUCAGAAAGGUGGGGCUUGUUUGGUUGGUUGAUACCCGUACGAAGUUCGCUCACCAGUGAAAGAAAUUUACAUCGUGUUCUUUUCUUUUAAUCAGGCUGCAUUCGAAUGCAUGUACACGCUUUUGGACACGUGCCUGGACCGCUUAGACAUCUUCGAAUUCUUGAGUCAUGUGGAGGAUGGGCUUAAAGAUCACUAUGACAUCAAGGUGAGGGAAAUCAGCUGACUCUAUUGCCUGAUACUAGACUUUGCCGUGUCCGUGUCUUUAGAAUGAAGGUUUUACGAAGACACCAGUUUUUGCGCCCCUUUUUGGCAGGGCCUGUUGGGAAGGGCACCGCCUCCAAUCCUCGUCAAGAUCCAGACUUUCGUUAGCCUGCAAGCCCCGGUCUUUUUUUUUACAGGCCGCGCGAGAAGACUCGAGAUUUCUUCCUUCGCCCUAAAAAACCGGCACCUGCUACGCAGGCUAGACUUUCGUUGGCUGCCUUUCUUUUUGUCGUCACGUAAUGCACCUCCCCUCAGCGUUGCGUGACGGCACAAAUAUCGGUUGUGUAGCAGACUAGACUUUCGUACAUUAGCCUUUCUAAACACACUUGGUCUUGUCAUUGCUUGAGUCAUUCUAAUUUAUUUUCACAAGGAUGUUGCUGUUUUAGAUUAAUUUUCUGCUGAAACCAUUACCGAGUGUCCUCAUCCAAACAAAAAAUUAUAAAGAAGAUAUCAAACAAGUUUGGAAUUAAUCACCCAAAGUGUAGAGACUCGAUCGCAGGUUUGAUAAAUGGUGAAUCGAGUUGCGAAGGAAGUUAACAAGCAGCAGUCUUUCUACUCUGUUGGUAGUCUGUUCCAUAGUCUUGCCGCACUAAACAUAAACAAGCGCCGUCCGUAUGACGGUUUACUCUAGGUAAAGUCAGAUUCCGAGUUCAGUUUUGCGCUUGCGAAGCCGCUAUCUUCCUUUGUCAGCGCUCUCCAAACUAGGUUAACCCUUCCGCGUUUACCCCGCUGGUAGUCAGUUCCCUGUACUCCAAGGUCCCCUCAUUGUACCACCUUAAUUAAUUUUCUUCCUUGGUUGUGUUUUUCUGUAGAUGUUGACCUUCCUUAUGCUCGUUAGACUCUCCUCCUUGUGCCCUAAUGCCAUACUUCAGCGUAAGUAUUAACUUAAAUAACGAUGAAACAUGAUCGACGGUACCUUCUGCUGUAUCCUCAUGGAGCGUAUAAGGGUGUGGGGUGAGAAGAAAGUGCUCAAUCUAUUAACUUUAUUGAAGAGUCACCUCUAUUCAGGGGAAAGGGACACUUUUUCUGAGUCCUGAAACCUGGGUUUAACCUGCAAUCGGGGGGAGGGGGGACACUUAGGCAGUCAAAGGGUGACUCACCACAAAGAGGGUUCAUAUCUUAGAGUGUACUCUAAUCUAGGGGAGCAAGGGAUGGCGCAGUGGUGAGAGCGCUCGCCUCCCACCAAUGUGGCCCGGGUUCGAAUCCUCGCGUCGACGCCAUAAAUGGGUUGAGUUUGUUGUUGGUUCUCUCCCUUGCUCCGAGACCUUUUUCUUCGGGUACUCCGGUUUACCCCUCUCCUUAAAAACCAACACUUCUAAAUUCCAAUUCGAUCUGGAACGCACGGACACGUUUCAACGAGUUCAUAUGAACUCCUUAGUGCUCCGUGGGUAAACAAAUUACAAUACAGUUUUACAAUUAUAGAAGCUUUUACAAAUUGAACUUACUCACUUAAAUCGAUUAAAUGUACUUGUGUGAAUUCAACAUAUAAUGUCGUAGAGAUAAGAUGAUGAUUUGUUUAUGUUGUCCUUGUUGGUUAGUUAUCAGUGCAAGAUCCAGACCUUGAGAUAAGGUGGGGGGGGGGAGCGGUCAUCCAGACCCUUAGAUAAGGGGGGAGGCGGUCAUCCAGACCCUUAGAUAAGGGGGGGCCCGGUCUCCAAAAAACAUUUUUUCGGCCCUUUGGACCUCAGUUUGGUCUAAAAAUAAGGGGCUGGACCCGCCACUGGUUAUUAACAGACCCCAUCCCAACUACCAUUCAAGGGACACUUGCCUUUGUCCCGAGGGUGUCCCCUAAAUAUAGGUUCCACUUUUCAUUAACGUUCGUUUUUAUCUGCAGGAGUGGAUAUUCUUGUGGAACCUUUACGCGCCACGUUACAAACGAAGGUAAAAGCGAACUCCGUGAAACAAGAAUUUGAAAAACAAGACGAGCUCAAAAGGUCUGCGCUCAGAGCUGUGGCUGCUCUGUUGUCCAUUCCCGACAGUGGUAAGUGCUCACAUAAUGACAUCUGUAUUGUUCUUAAAAGGACAAGGAUAGCCUGCAAGCAAGCUCUCCAUUUGCGAGAGGCACGCAAGCCCCUCGCGGCUUCGCCGCUUGCUCGCUUGUUCUCGCGCGGCUUUCUUCGCUCGCCCAAAUAGGAGAGUUUGCUUGCAGGCUAGGACAAGGAAGACUACGAAAACGAGAUUUUCUCAAUACUAGGACGGUAGUGCACGCCCGUGCACUUGCGUCAUUUUGGCGGGAAAACCUGGUAGCCGUCGUCAUUCUACUCUGAGUUUUAGUAGGAAUGCCUCAGUGGCGGAACCAAGUUAUCAAGUGUUAAAAGUUUGAUCAUUUUGCUUAACUUUCUCCAAUAACGACAAAAGUGCUGACUUUUCGGGAGGAAAAAGAGACCAUUAAGUUCUCCGCAGUGACUUUUUUUUUUAGAUACGGGAAAUAAUCUCGUAUACCUAGUCAUUCUCGUCCUCGAAUCUAAAGCUCUCUAAAGUUACACCAGAUGAAUCGGUUGUUUUUUGUUUUUUGUUUUUUUUUUUGCCUGUGGGCAAUGCACAGAUCUUGUCACCCAGACUGAGCAAAACAAAACCAGAAACACGUAACACUUUAAAUCAAACAAACAAAAAUAACUUUCAAUAUUUAUUUUACAGAUUUGUGAUAGGGUUUCUGUUUGUCUUUUCUUUUGCCUACUGCCAGUUUUCAAUGGUUGUUCCGGGGAUGUUCCGGGGGCGUUCCGGGUGUAUUCCGAGGGAAAGGUUCCGGAAUUUUAUUGGGUGAACAGGGUGUAAUCCUAUGUUCCUAUGUUCCGAGGAUUUUAGCACAUGCCGAGCUAGACAGUACAACACAUUCCUCUUAACACAGAGGCCAAAACUGCCGAAGAGCACGCGUUCUGUUUUACAUUUUAAGCGCCAGCUCAAACAAAGUGACAGCUAUGCUAUUUUUAACUGAUUUGGAGUCUACUUUUGUUUUAGAUAAAAGCCCUUUGCUCAGUGAAUUCUUAGCACAGAUCAAAACGAGUGCCGAGUUGGUUUCCAUGUUUGAUUCCAUUCAGAGAGAUGCAGGCUCUGCCGAUUCCAUGGAUACCAGCUGA